AUGGAACUACCAGACUCACAUAUCGACUACGAGCAUUCUAUAGAAUAUUGGAGUUCUAUCCCAGCCACGGUGGACGGUGUUCUUGGAGGUUACGGUCCGCACACACCAGUCCCCACAAUGGACGUUCAUGGAUCCAUGCAUUUCUUACGCAAACUCAAAUCCAGAAUGGUGGCACCAGAACAAAUGCCUAAAUACAGCGCUGAUAUUGGAGCAGGCAUUGGUCGUGUUACAAAAGACUUUCUCAGCAAAGUCAGCGACAAGGUCGACCUUGUAGAGCCUGUCAAGCCAUUUUUAGAAAAGGCUCAUGUAGAACUAGAGGGUUUGAAAAAAGAAGGCAAAAUUGGUGAGAUUUACGAAGUUGGAAUGCAAAGCUGGCAACCGGACGCAAACAAAUACUGGCUCAUCUGGUGCCAGUGGUGUGUUGGCCAUUUACCUGACGAUGAGCUGGUGUCCUUCUUUAAACGGUGCAUCGGGGGCCUCCAACCCAACGGUACCAUCAUUGUCAAGGAAAAUAAUACCACAGGAGAGGACGACUACGACCCACUAGACAGUGCUGUCACAAGAACCGACGAAAAGUUCAAAUCUCUAUUUGCGCGAGCAGGUUUGAAGCUCAUCGCCACGGAAUUACAAAAGGGUCUACCUGAAGGACUUUAUCCUGUUAAAAUGUAUGCCCUAAAGCCCCAAAAUCCAUGA